AUGAAAUCUGAUGUUCACGUCAAUCAACGAUUGUUCGGCAGGCAUGUUUUCGUGAAAACAGAUCAUAUAAAACAUAAAUUCCAAGGUUUGAUAAAUCAAAUCAUAUCUGGUUGCAAAUGCACACCAAACAUCAUCAAUUUUCAAAUGCUCUCUUUUAUUGUACUUUCAGCAUCAUCAUUAAUUAAAGGAAUUCACGAGUCGAGAUGGAAGAAAAAUCUCACCAUCAGCACCAUGAAAGAGAAAAAAAACAUGAAGCGAAUUAAUGGCAAACAUUUCUCGUUCUUUCUUUUUUGUCGUUGUAUCAUGCUACCUUACGUUUAUUUAUUAAUGAUAACAUCUCAAAAUUUCACGCAGCAACCAGAACAUGAGCGGCUAAAAGCUUCCGAUCAUUGCAUAAUGGAACAGUUUAGCUUACUGACCUGCCUAAUUAAAUAUUUACAAGACAACUGCCUGUGUUUCGUUUUUCAAAAAACAACAAAAAAAUACAUAAAUAAUGAUAUCGUAGGACUAACAUCAACAUUUGGUGUACAAUUUCAUUUUUGGGCUAAAGUAGAAGACUGGGAAGAUGGAAGAUGGAAAAAAUCGAUAGAGCAUAACUCAUAA